GCGUCCUGGAGCUACCUGCAUUACAAAAAGCCGCCCCCAGAACUGCGAUACGACUCCAGCUCGUCUCCGUUCCAAACCCCAAAAGCAUGCUGACAAGGCUGCCGGUCGCGCUCUCGAGGCUGCCUCGGCACUGCACCGCCCCCCUCGCCUGCCCUUUAGCACGAGGUGCUAAUAGCAUACGUGGUCGUACGCCGGUUCGGGUAGAAGCGAUGUCAACCGCCGUGCACCUCAACGUCCAGGGGCCCGACGCGGCCAAGCUUAUUGAGCUGGCCAGCUGCGCGGGCGCAUGCAACAAGGACACGCCCAAGGUGGAGCCGGCUGACCUGGCGAGCUACAUGCGCAGCCUGCCGGCCUGGCGUCUCAACGCCGACAGCACCGCCAUCAGCCGCAGCUUCGUGGCCAAGAACUUCAUGGCGGCCAUUGCGUUCUUCAACAAGGUGGCGGAGGUGGCGGAGGCGCAAGGACACCACCCCGACCUGCAUCUGCGCAACUUCAGAGAGGUGGAGGUGGUGGUGUCCACCCACGCGGUGGGCGGCAUCACGCUGCCGGACCUGGCCCUGGCAGCCAUGAUAGACGGCAUUGAGGUUGACUACAGCCCCAAGUGGGCGAAGGCGGAGGUGGAGAGGAUGGCCGCUGCUGGAGCGGACGGCGGCUCCAGCUGAGUGCUCCGACGACUGCGUUAGCCAUUAAGCUGGCGACCAUGGCAAGUGCCACUAUGCGGCGACCGCCGCUGCUGAAGCCAGGGCUUUAUUUGACCUGUGUCGAUACCGUUAGCCUGGGCGGGGUGAGAGGUGCCGGUAGCAUGUGCUGGCGCAUCUUUUGGAGCGAUUAGGUUCCGGGAAGGCUGGGAUGCUGGCUACGCCUGAACUUUGGGAGGGUUGGGGCAGGAUGCGCAAUGGAAUGGUACACGCGACGAGGGGGCUGCGUAGGGACACGCGCUGGCACGCCAGCGGUGUAUGGGGAGAGGGCCCCGUCCUGCCAUUCAGGGAGUCCGGUUGCAAGCCCACGCGGAGAGCAUUUAGCGGUGAGUUGUGGUUGACUGCAAAGCAUACAAUGUGGCCACACGUUUGCUGAACAGAACUUGGGCGGCCAAGGUCGUAGGGCAAGGCGUUGUUAAUGGAUCGGGUGUGUAUGUUGGUUAUCUGUCGUAUUGCUGCGCGCUGCACCGCACACUUAUUUCUCGUGGAUGCGGUGUCAGGCGUUGCUGGGCACCAGGACGCAGCCUAGUUGCAGCAGAGAAGGCAUGCAUGAAGAUUGAAUAGGCAGUAUAUCAUAGGCUACGUAGAAACGCGCACACCUGCGGUACGGGCAGCGCCAGGGGAGCUCGCCAGCACUGCUGUACGGUAGCUGGGCUUGGUUGCCCACAUUUGUGGUCUGUGUGCGAUGGGACAGGGCAAGGGGCAGGGUGGCAUAGUCCCGAUAAUGUGGAGCGCAUUCCCAGACCCCAACAAUAUUUUGCAACGUCAAGGCAGCAGUGCGCGGCUGGUGUAACGCUUGAGUUACUGUACCGCCGCGACGCCGCUGACUUACUGGCAGGCUGGUAGUUUGCGGAUGCGCGUUCCUCACGCUCCGGGCGCCCGGCCAGGCGAUAGCAUCAGACAAACACGCACCGCAAAGCCCCACACGUGAAGUGGAGUUACAGCGCACCUGCAAUCCUGCAGGCACGUGAUGCACGUUGUCUGUGGUUGUGGUUCAGGUUGCUGGCCCGUCAACACAUCAAGCUUUA